GGGGGUGUGUGUGAACGUUUUGCUGGAAACAAAAGGGACCGAGGAAACGGAGUGUUCGGAUUGUUCUCUUCCUGUUUACUCUGGAGGAAGUCUCGGGGAAUUAAGUGAAUUUGCGCUAAGUAACCGAGCGUGGAAUUCUCCUUGGAACCUAGUUUCGCAGCCUUCAGAAACUUGCUUCUGCAUGCAUCACAGUCGGCUGCAAGUCUAACAAAGCGAGUUUUCUUGCCUCUCCACAUCAGCUGUUGGACAAUUGAUUGCGGACGGAAUCCGUUUGCCCCACGUCCGCCUCAUUUCCCCUUCCCGGGUCUGGCUGCUGACCGACGUCUAGCGCCAAGAGGAAGAAACGAUGCUUGAGGUGAAGAAAGAAGCCUUUGGUGAAUUGCCUCUUGGCGGAGGAACCGUGGAAAAAUUCCUGCUCGCAUCCGACACAGUCAAAGUGGAAAUCAUAUCCUUAGGCUGCAUAAUCACUUCCUUGAAGACUAAAGACAGAGACGGAAAGUUUUCAGACAUUGUUCUAGGCUUUGAUCAUUUGGAAGGCUACCUCAGCAAGCACCCUUAUUUUGGAGCUACCAUUGGGCGGGUUGCUAACAGAAUUGCCAAAGGGAAAUUUACAGUGGAAGGACAUGAAUACCAACUGGCCAUCAAUGACGGCUCCAACAGUUUGCAUGGAGGAGUCAAAGGGUUUGACAAGGCUAUCUGGUUGCCUGAAAUCCUGCCAGAUGGUGUCCGCUUUUUCAGAAUAAGUCCAGAUGGUGAAGAGGGAUAUCCUGGUGAGCUGAAAGUAUGGAUAUCAUAUACACUCAAAGAUGGGGAGUUAACAAUUAAUUACAGAGCUCAAACUAGUAAGACUACACCAGUCAAUCUAACAAACCACGCUUACUUCAAUCUUGGGGGUCAGGGUUCAUCUAAUAUCUAUGACCAUGAAUUUACCAUAGAGGCAGAUUGUUACUUGCCAGUGGAUGAAACUCUGAUUCCAACAGGAAAGAUCACACCAGUGCAGGAUACUCCAUUUGACCUGCGAAAGCCUAAAGAACUUGGGAGACAUUUGCAGAAGUUUCAGCUGAAUGGAUUUGAUCACAACUUUUGCUUGGUCCAGAGAAAAGAACCACAUUUCUGUGCCAGAGCUUAUCAUCCUCCUAGUGGCCGAAUGAUAGAAGUUUAUACAACUCAACCUGGUGUUCAAUUUUAUACAGGGAAUUUCCUGGAUGGGACUCUAAAGGGUAAAGAGGGCCAUGUGUACUUCAAGCAUUCUGGUUUCUGCCUUGAAACACAAAACUGGCCAAAUGCCAUGAAUCAGCCUACUUUUCCAGAUGUCCUGCUGUACCCAGGAAAUGAAUACAAUACCACAACAUGUUUCAAGUUCUCUGUAUCUUAAAUGAAAUCUUGCUACAAGUUAAUUUUGCAAAAUUAUUUUAACUGAUUUAAGCAAAUUCUGAAUAUCCUAAUUAUAGCACAAAUUUCAUCCAAGCCAUUAAAAAAGUAGUAUUUGGAUAAGUCCCCUUUUAAUAGUAGAAAAGUAGUAAAAUUUAAGUUCACUCAACAAAUUGAAUAUUAUCAUCUCUAUCUGCAGUUUACCACCUUUUGUAGCCAAAAUUGUGGAAACCUUUUGGGAAAAGUGUAUUUUUGAGGUUUGAUGGCUAACAUUUUUUUUCAGUUUCAAGAUAAUCAUAUUCCACUGCUGGAAUGGCCUGGGAAUAGCCCAGACCUUAACCCAAUUGAAAAUCUAUGGAGCCGACUAAAGAAACUUGUUAUUCAGAAGCAACCCAGCAAUAAAACCCAGUUAAUAGAAGCAAUCAUUCAAUCUUGGUUUCACAUUAUAACAGCUGCAGAACUAAAAGACUUGGUUCACUCCAUGGGAAGAUGUUGUAAGGCCAUAAUUCAUGAUAUCGUUUUUAAUUAAUGGGGCCAAAUUUAUAUAUAUAUAUUUAAUUGUAUUUUAAUAUUUGCACUUUAUGUUUUUACUUGGCUGUUCACCGCCCUGAGUCCUCAGGGAGAAGGGCGGUAUACAAAUUCAAAAUAAAUUAAAUUAAAUUAAAUUAAAUAAAGGUUACCCAACUAAGAAUUAACUGAUGUGUUAAUUUUUGUAUAUCUUGUUUUUUCUGUUUCACUUUUCUUUUUUAUACUGUAACUGCUAUUCUUAUAGCAAAUCCUUCAUAAAAGUUAUUGCGUUACAUUCUUGAUUAAAUUAUCUUUCCAUUGAUAUAUAAUUUUAUGGUACUACUCCAAAAAAAAGUGAUGUUAUUAGCUAGUUUUAGAAAAUACUUUUUCCAAAAGGUUUCCACAAUUUUGGCCACUACUGUAAAUAGAAAGUGAAGUCCUAAUUUAAAAUCGUGAAGACUUUCAUUAAGGUGGCCUGUGGCAGUGUUCCUUGACAAUUCAGGUAUUACUGAGACAUAAUAAUCUGAUCAUAGAUAUUUGGCAAUGCAGUUUCCACUAUUCCAGAAUCUAAAAUUCCAAAUAUGGAAUACUAAUGUUGAGCACUCUGGAUAGUUCAAAUGGUUAACAUUGUGUCAUCACCUCUUUAAUUCAACCAUUUUCUGGUGCCAUACAGACUCAGGAAGAGGCAGAGCCAAAGAUAUAAUGUAAAUAUACUGAUAACAGUUCUGAAUGGUUGCAUAUCCUUAAUGCAUUGCUAGAUUUCAGUUAGGUGUAUGUAAAUCAGCUCAAAACAACUCAAUACUAUAUACACAAUUUGCUUGCCAUUUAACAGCUUAGAACUGUUUUCCACACAAUCUACUCUGGUGUAAUUAGGAACUGAUAUUGUAAUGGCAUCGUAUCUAUUUCACCAAUUUAUUUUUUUCUUUAGGAUAAUUAAAAAAAUAAUUCCCAGUAUGUGGCUUAAUUUUCUAAUUGUAAAAACAAUAGAGUUCAUAUGGUGAAUAGAUAUGCUGCAACAUUACCUAGCAUGUUUAAAGGGCUUGAGACAGAUUUCUCAUUAGAACCAGAUUUGCAAUGAAUGAAUCCAUUAUAAAAUAAAGCACAUCAAAUUCCAGCCCUCAAUUUUAUGAUUAGGCCAGAUCACUUCCACAGUAAUCUCUAAUCUUUAGAUGGUAUUUCAUAGAUGGCAUAACCCCAGAAAUAAGGGUUCAAUAUAAAGGCUGAGGAGAGGAUCUACUACUUAAAUCAAUCUCAGUGCCAAUCUUAAAAUUGAUUGAAGCCAAUCCCACCUUUCCCAAAUAUAGUAAAUUGGCCCUUUAAAUUGAAUGUGUUAAUUUUGGCAUACAAUACUGAGGUCCAGAUUUAUCAACAGUGAGACCCCCCAUGGAUUUUUUAUCAGAAAGGGUGAGCCAGACCUCUCCAACUUCAAGUGAUUUAUGAACCAACUCGCUUUUCAAGCUUGGUUUGCAGAACCUUUUCACAUUAAAAAAAAACAACAGCUUGAUAGAUGUGGCAAUAUAUAUUCUAUCACUAUAUGAGAUCCUAGAUUAAGUCUGCAGUUAAUGGCAGUUUUUAAGGAAUGAAGCUAAAAUAGUCUCUACAAUUAACCAAAGAAAUGAAUUUGUGUCAAAGUAGCUAUUGAAGCUUUAUUUCAAUAAAAGUUUGUUCUCAACACAGAAGGAUACUUCACCUUUUAUAAUUUAUUCAGUUUAUAGGAAUACAGUGGCCAAUAGGAAGGACUAUAAAAAAUGGCAAGGAAAUGCAAUCAGACAACUGGGGAAAUACUGUAGCCAUGCUAAGCAUUAAACUAUACAGCAUCCCUUAAAAAGCACUGCAACUUAUUUAUUGCAAAUUCCUGCCUUUUCUGUAGAAUCCCUGCAAUCCUAAAAAUGUAUGAAGUGUAGCUAAAGUCAUGUGUCUUUUUGUAGAAAUACUUGAAUCAAAGUGUUGACAUGGGGGAUAUGCAGCAUUUUGCUUUUGAAGUCCAAAAGUUGCUUUGAGAUAUGUUGCUCCUUAAAGCUGAUACAAGCAAGCUGGGGAAACAGUAUAGCUGUACUGAGAUAUUGCAGAGUGUUACUUGAAUUGUUCUUAAAUUUCAUCCACCAAUAGAAAAUGAUGUUUAGUAGUCUGGUAUUAUUCUUCAUAUAAGAGGUUAAGUGUGUGGUACAGUGUGUGUAAGACUAGGAUCAAACCCAAAUUUAAGUUUUCCCUUAGCCAUGCAAUCUCACUGAGUGAUUUUGGAUCUUAUUCCAUUUAUUUUACAAGAUUAAUCUAGGGAUGGAAGGCAACAAUUUCAUACUGAAUUUCAUGAGAAAAAAGGAUACAAAGAAAAUAAAAUGUGGAAUAAA